AUCAAGUUCAUUUAGUCUUGAAGUACAACUCGGUGGAUCAACUUAAGGCUGGCAUAAAAACUAAACAUGAGUUGGAAUAAGCGGAACACUAGUCACAUAUCAAUUUACAACUAUCCGGAACACUUAAAUCCCUUCUACGAAGAUGAUAAUCACAAGCGCCUAAGAUUUUGGGGAUUUAGUAAAAAGAAGAACGAAAAUGGCAGGCAUAGUUUAUCCAUUGGAAACUUGCAAGAGUUGUGGAAAUCGUAUUCUUUUCGUAAAAAGAAGUCAUCAACGUUGGGAAUAAAUAAAACAUCCGAGAGCCCGCCAACCCUCAGAAGAGAUUUAAAUGAUAAUUCCUAUUUGAAUUCUAGAGUUUUCCGAGGAGAUCGUCACACAUCCCUUCAAAAUAUUGAUACUCGAAGAGAGUCCGAUACAAUCUCUAAUGGAACUUUUUUUAAUCGUAAUGAUCGUUACCGAAGUACCACGCAGUUUUCCGGAUAUUCCUCGCCAAAUCAGCAGAACAUAAGAUUAUCACAAACUAGUCUAGCCAGCUCAAACCCCUUCGAAUCGCAACCGGAUUCGUGCCCCAGCUCCCCAGUGAGUUGCAGAAGAUAUCGUAAGAAGAGGAGAGCUCCGCCGCCGCCGAAAGUAGUGGUCCAGGAUUACAAAGCUACCAAAGACAUUGAGUCUCUUGCCUCUGAAAUUGAAGAGUUUGUCAACAACAGAAACGAAUCUUUAAUAAAACGAGAAGUCGAAAAGGAAGUUCCAAAGUCGAAUCAACCAAAUAUUUCGGUUAUUGCACCGAUCUCCGAUAUCGAACUUAACCCUAGCACUUCCAAAACUUCACCGAGCAUCAUUUUAAAGCAAUCAAAUGGAACGAGCACGGUCACCGAAAAGGAAAAUGUCACUAUCCUUGAAUCCGAUGACAAAAUUAAUACCCGCACCUCCCCAACACCACAAUGUAUUGGCACCGUGCACAUAAAGCAGUCGAAUGAAUCUGAGAAAGCAAGCACAACAGUUGAGGAGAAAAAAGCCACUUCAUCUAACACUGCUAGCCAACCUAAUCCCUGCACUUCUAAACCUUCCGAGUGCUUUGCCAGUGUACAUAUAAAACAGUCCCCUGAACCCAGAAUAGUGUUUCCAGAAAAAAAAAUAGAUAACGAUUUGUACGUUCAAGAAGAAAUUAUCACAGUAAACAAAAAGCUAAACGGCACCGUGCCCGUACAUGUCAAAGAAGAACCCCUAGUUGUUAAUGGCAUUUCAAAGGAGGAACGGAAUUCCAGUCAAACUGAAUUUGUAAAACAAUCCGUCAUUUUGGUAGAUUCAGAAAGCAAGAAAAACCAAAGCACGCCCCCAACACCCCCAAUUGCAAAUAAUGUAAAACUAUCCAACGAAACCGAACAUCCAAGCGUAGAUCCUGAACCAGUUGAUAGCACAGAAGAUAGGAAAACUAAUUCAUUUGGCACUGUAAAACAAAUUUCACAGAUUUUUGAAGAGAACAUCAGUUCCAGUGGUCCCAGCAAUCUUUCCAAAAAGAAUACACCUGAAGUCCUUUAUCAAAAUGGUGCAAAGCCAAAGAACGUGGAAAAUCACUGCGUUUCAAAUGUAGUUGAGCCAAGCCCAGCUGAAGCUAAUGAUGUGUUGCAAAUAAGAGAAGAUUUUGAGUUGGAAAGUGAUGUGAGAAUCACUGAAAGGCGGAGUCACGAUCGCUUUAGAUCCCCAAUCUCAGCGGAAAGGGAGCUGAACUCCACACCGACCCCACGGAUGAGAAAGAAGAAGUCCAUUAAGGAAGUGCUAGAAUCCAUAAGCAGGAAUCAACAAAUUUUAAAUGAAAGUGCAGCCAAGGGCACAAAAGUUUACUUAACCCCCUCCUACGCUGAAAACACUUACAACUAUCCCAAUGAGUUGAACAACGUUAAUAACAGAGCUUCCAAGGAGGUGACGUCCACCAACAUUUCUGUGAGUUCAUCGGAUACCAAUGAGUUACCAUCCCAAAGUAAUUUGUUUAUAAACAAAAUAAGCAAGUUCAAGGGCCAAUUCAGGGAGUCGUCGCCAACUUCGUCAAACUUGGAUUGGAACCCUGUGCCGAAACCAAGUCGAGCCCAUAAUUCAGCUAGUUCUAAUUUUAACAACGGCUCGUGUUAAUGAUUUAACUAAAUAAUACUAUAUCCAAAUAAAUAUUUAUAUCAAACAAAAA